AUGCAGCGAACGCCUACUAAAAGUGGCAAUGGAACUGCCGGCGAAACCGGUGCGCAAUCCGGUAGCGGCAAUGGCGCCGACAUGGAUGACUACAACACGCUCGCUAAUCUUCGAGGGUUAGCAAAAGGUAAAAUCACCCGCUUAAAGAACAUGCUGGAGAGAGCGGAGGCGGAACAGACAGAGCUAACACCACCGCAAGUAAAAGUGUACAUUAGGAAAAUUGACGCUGCUUACAAAGAAUUUCACAACUACCAUGAACGGAUCGUGGCGGUGGUGGCGCAUGAUCGGAAAGAAGAACAAGAUUGUAAGUAUGUUGAAUUCGAGACGCUAUACGAUAAUGUGUCGAUUUUUCUCGAGACAUGGCUCGAGAAUUUUGCCGCGCCUGACUCUUGUCCUGCUGCUGGUCAAUCAGCAACUCAUCAGCCGUUGAUUGUACAACAAUCGCUUCCUCGUGCCAUUCCUACAUUCGAUGGCAAAUACGAGCAGUGGGAAAAAUUUAAGAUCAUGUUCCAAGACGUGGUGGACAAGUCAAAUGAACCAUCACGACUCAAGCUCUAUCAUUUGGAGAAAGCAUUGAUUGGGGAUGCUGCCGGUUUGAUUGAUGCGAAAACAAUUGCUGAUGGCAAUUAUGAUCGCGCUUGGGAAAUAUUAAGAGAGAGGUUCGAGGAUAAGAGGCGUAUGAUUGAUAGGCACAUUGUUGGUCUGUUAAGCAUAACAAAGAUAGUCAAAGAGGAUCAUUGCGAACUGCGAAAACUUAUUGAUACAUGUGUGGGUCAUGUCGAAAAUUUAAAAUUUCUGGGUCAGGAAUUUUCAGGAGUGUCGCAUCCUUAUUGUCUUAUUGUCGUACACAUCCUUAGUAGCGCUCUAGACAAAGAGAGCAAACGCGCAUGGGAAUCUUCAAUGGAACAUGGGUCGCUUCCGCAUUAUAAUAACACAAUCUCGUUUCUCAAGAAUCUCAUUUCCAUUCUCGAAAGAUGUCAGGUUUCCACAAUUAGCAAUGAGAAUCAGUUUAAUCGUAUAUCACCUAAAAGAAAUGAAAUAUCUAACAAGCAACCUAAUUCGCGAAUAAAUGCUGCUAUGUUUUCAACUAACUGCGAGUUUUGUGAAGGAGAUCAUUUCGCGUUCAAAUGCCCAAGUUUUAAUGCAUUAAAGAUUGAUGAGCGGCUCAAGAUGGUACGUGACAAGCGGGUUUGCUUUAAUUGUUUGAGAAGAGGCCACCGUGGGUUGGAUUGUCCAUCAUAUAAAUCUUGCUCGAAAUGUAAGCGUAGACAUCAUAGCUUGCUUCAUAGAGAAGGAGUUCGUCCAUCGUUUAAUAUUGAGAAAAGAGAUACACCACCAGAGAAUCAAAAACAGCAUUUUACUCCAAGCACACUGACAAAUCCAUAUGAAGGCUCAUCGAAGCAGGAUAUUACUGCCGCUUAUUCCAACACGCGUGGAAACACAGCUCAGCAAGUGUUGCUGCUAACAGCACAAGUAUUCUUUUUGGAUAAACAUGGAAAUCCGCAUAUAUGUCGAGCACUUUUGGAUAGUGGCUCACAAAUCAAUUUCGUUUCUGAAUCGCUGCUCAAUACACUUGGAGUACAUGUGGAAGAGACGAAUAUAUUAGUCACCGGAGAUAGCAACAUCAAAUCCAAAGUUCAGCAUAAGGCUUGCAUUCAAGUACUAUCAAGGUUUAACAACUUCAGAAUAGAAUUGGAUUGUUUGGUAUCGCGUAAAGUCACUGGAAUUCUGCCAACUUACGAGAUUGAUGUCGCUUUGUGGAACAUUCCGUCAGAAAUGCAAUUGGCCGACCCUUCAUUCUACCAACCUGGUCAGAUAGAUUUGCUGAUCGGAAUGGAGUGGUUCGAUGAUUUAAUCAAAACUGGUCGAGUGAAACUCUUCGAAAACUCACCAACGUUAAUUGACUCGCAAUUCGGAUGGCUUAUUGGUGGAAGAGUUGAUGGCGACUCUGUAUCAGGCUCUAUCUUCCAUUCACAUACCGCAAUAUCAUCAGAUGAGCAAUUAAAUCAACAAAUUCAGCGUUUCUGGGAAUUGGAAAACGUGGCCUCUGAGCAAUGUGUGCCAACCGAGGCUGAAGAAUGUGAAGCUAAUUUUCAGUCAACAUUCCGUCGCAAUUCAGAAGGUCGUUAUGUGGUUCAACUGCCGUUAAAAGAAACAUGUAAGCAACUAGGAGAUUCAAGACAGAUGGCUAUAAGAAGGUUUUACAUGAUGGAGUCUAAGCUAUGCAAACAGCCAGAAAUUAAACAACAAUAUGAUGAAUUCAUUGAGGAAUAUGUACACUUGGGACAUUGCAAGGAAAUUAAUGAGAAACAGGAUAAAGAUGGUAUUCAAAAGUGGUAUUUGCCCCACCAUGCUGUGCUCAGACCAUCAAGUUCUUCAACAAAAUGUCGAGUGGUCUUCGAUGCGUCAGCGAAGGUUGGCGGGAGAUCUUUGAACGAUGAGAUGAUGAUUGGUCCUACUAUUCAGCCAGAUCUACUGACAAUUAUUUUGAGAUUCCGCAAGCACCGAUAUGUUUUAAGUGCCGACAUUGCAAAAAUGUAUCGGCAAGUCCUGGUUGAUAGUUGUCACACUCCACUACAACGUAUACUUUGGCGAAAGAAUCCAAUGGAUCAGGUAAAAGUUUUGGAAUUGCAGACUGUCACAUAUGGAAUGGCAGCUGCUCCUUUUCUGGCAAUAAGAGCUCUGAAUCAGCUAUCAAAAGAUGAAGAAGUUUCAUAUCCACGAGCAGCUGAAGUAGUGAAAAAGACUUUUUACGUAGAUAAUGUUCUUUUCGGGGGUAAUAAUCUUGAAGAAGUUGUGAACGUUCAGCAGGAACUGAUAUCACUUCUCAAACUGGGAGGAUUUUAUUUGCACAAAUGGGCAGCUAACAACGAUCAGCUUCUAGAACAUAUCGCAGAAAAAGAUUUGGACAAAUUGGUAAAUAUUGAAGGCACAAGCGCAAAUGAAAUAAUCAAAACGUUAGGUUUAAUGUGGGAUCCUAACAAUGAUGAGCUUAUCUUUUUAUCGCAACCAGAUUGUGCUACACCAAACCCUACGAAGCGUCAGGUUCUAUCGAUGAUAGCAAGGCUUUUUGAUCCCCUUGGACUGCUGUCACCAGUUAUAGUUAUUGCGAAAAUGUUGAUGCAGCAGCUCUGGAGAGAAAAAAUAGGUUGGGAUGACAAGAUAAAUGAAGAACUUACCCAACAGUGGAAAGAAUUCCUAGCCGCAUUGCCAACGGACGGGCAAUUUCGCAUCCCACGACAAGUUUUUAUGAAUGAUGCAGUUAAGACUGAAAUACAUGGAUUUGCCGAUGCGUCAAUAGACGCUCCGGCACAAGAGAAACUUCCAACCGAAUCGAGAGCGUUGAUUUAUCUGAUAAGGAACUUGAACAUCGUCGUACACCCAGAAGAGCGGCACCCGAUGAUCUACAUCGGGGAGAACUCUUCCAGGACACUAGCGCCCGAGUGCGGUGGUUUGUAA